GCAAGACCCAGACCCCAUUUAAAAACAUAUAUGUUAAGGGGACUCGCUGCAGUCUGGGGUUUCUGUGUGUGCGUGGACUGUCAUGGUGGGCAUGCAUCCCUGAGCUGAGGUUCUGUCUUUGGUUCGGCGGUGGUUCUGGUGGAUUCUGCAAAAUCCUCAAGCAGCAGCACAUUCUGGGAGGUGGGAAAAGGCGCAGGGUGGAGGAUCUGGAAAUUCCUCCACUCCGAGAGAAAGAAAGAAAGAGUCCCGGUAAACAAACUGGGAGGGUGUGAGGAAAGAGGAGAGGAGGGGGGAGACAGAGAGAGAGAGAGCGGGGGAUUCUCCGAAACCACCCACGUGGGAUCACCAGCGUCUGCUGCGCGCUCAGCCAAUGGGCGCAGAGUACGGGGGAUCUAUUGACAGAAAAGGACCAAUCAGAGACCGAGCGGCUGGGCGGGGUAACGCCCACUACACUGGUGGCGUAUAAGUAGAGGAGAGUUUCAGCUUUCGGCAGCAGAAAUCUUUCUCUUCUCACGAUCUCACUUCACGGACUAACGCUCAGCUUGUUCCGAUCUUUGGACCGAUCUGGAUUACCGAUCAUUUGGACUUUAUUCCGGGACUUUAUCGGGACAGCAGCCUCCUCGCGCUGUGGAUAUUUCUUCUUAUCCUGGAUUUGGUGGAUUAUUUAUCUGACUUCAACAUGACUCUGGAGGAAGUCGUCGGAUCCAACAGCACCGAGAAAAAGUGAGUUACCGAUACCGUCAUAACGCACUGGCACGCGGUUGCACGAGUGUCAGUUAACGCAGUCAGCACGUUCCGAUACCGGAUCGGAUCUCAGACCUGUUGCUCUUAUUUCCACACAUUUUCAUGCAGUCAGUGUCAGUGCUCGUGAGCGUGCUCUGCGGGUUUCGGUCACGUUUCUAACCGCCUCUUUUCCGUGUGUGUGUGUGUGUGUGCAGGAUGGAGACGGUGAGUCAGGCUCUGGAGGAGUUGCUGGUCGCGGCUCAGAGACAGGACUGUCUCACUGUGGGAGUCUACGAGUCCGCCAAACUCAUGAAUGUGUAAGUUUGAGUUCUACACUCUUUCACGAUCCGAUGCAUGUUCUGAUGGUUCUGAAUCUUCUGAUAGUUCUGAUUCUAACCCGGUUCUUCCUCCUCCUCCUCCUGCAGAGAUCCGGACAGUGUGGUUCUGUGCGUCCUCGCCACCGAUGAGGAGGACGAGGACGACAUCGCUCUGCAGAUCCACUUCACGCUCCUGCAGGCUUUCUGCUGCGACAACGACAUCAACAUCCUGCGGGUGUCCGGGAUGAGGCGGCUGGGUCAGCUGCUGGAGGAGGACACCGAGGACAGCAACGGCAACGAGCCCAGAGACAUGCACUGCAUCCUGGUCACGGUGAGUCCGACUCCCGCUGCACAUCAACCAGAAUCUGGACCUUUGAGAGAUUGAGAUUAGAUUAUUUAACCCAAGAACACGAUCACCGGGGGAUUUUUACACAAAAUAAUAUACCCAAGGAGAAGUACUUAUAUAUAUAUAUAAAUAUAUCAAAAAGGAGAAUACAUGACAAAUUAGUUUUCUUUUAUUUUUAAUUGUGCAAUGUGCAAUUAAGGGAGGAAAAGAAGAAGUGCCUAAAGUUAGUUUCUGUGAGUCUUCUCUGGUUCAGACUCGGGGUCUUUGGCACAGUGACAGCUGCAGGAGAGAGAACCAAAGUAUGUCAGAUUUAGAGUAGAAAUGAUGAAAGCUGACUCUGACCACGGCGAGCAUGUAAACUUCAGGACCACUCUGACUGACCUGAAACGAAAUCAACUCCAUUUAUAAUCACGAAGUUCAACAAACCUUAGCUCUGUGUUAGUCAGAGACGUCCACCCUGUAACAGGAUCACAGCUGGAGGGUCAAUAUGACGUCCUGAAUGUUGUCACUAAGAUCUCCUACAUUUACACACUAAACACUAGAACUGUGUCAAAUCCAGUCUGUGGGAAAAAGCAGGUUUGAACAUCAUGAAGAUCACCUAAACAUGUUCGGUCGGCGAUCGUGUUCUCGGGUUAAUUUAAAGUUUGUGUAAAAGUUCGUCACUGACCGUCCCGCUCCUUCCUGUUUUCUUCCAGAACCCUCCUGUGAAGGCCCUCCAGAGUCCGGCCCUGCAGGACAUCAGCAGCUUCUGCGAGGAGAGCCGCUGCAGGAACCAGUGGGUCCCCUGUCUGGAGCUGCAGGACCGCUGAGCCGGACCGGACUGAGCCGAACCGAGUCAAAACCGCUGCGGAGCGGUGAGAAGGAGUGGAUUCAGUCCAAACAGCCGGCCUCCUGCUGAAGGGGAUUAACGGCGUUUGUGUUGAGAGACGGACCGGACCGAGCCGAGCCGAACCGGGCCGAACCGGGCUGAACCGGGCCUACCUGCUGCCUGAUUGAGUUGGGGUUGAGUUGGCCGGGGUGCUGAGAUGCUGGUGGGUUCUGAAACCCGAGGUCCUGGAGGGUCCAGGUCCUGGAGCAGCAGAAAGGAAGAGGACUGUCACGUGACUGAGCGGCGGCAGCAGCUGGAUGUCACAUGACUGAAGUGAACUGAAUGAAUGAACUGAGGAGCUGCAUGUGACGCUCCGGAGCAGCUGAUCUCCAGCUGCUCACACACACUCACACACACACACACACACACACACACACACACACACACACACACACACACGCACAGGAGGAGCGAGGUGAAGUGACGUCAUGGUGACGCAGAAGAGCCGAUAAUUUAAAGGAGCAGAGUAAUAUAUGAACACAGCUGUUUAAUUUAAUGUGAUCAAUAAAUUAUUGAACUGAA